ACGAAAUUCUGUGUAGUACAUGCAUAUAUUUAUUCAAUACAAACCUGACAUCUUUUUAUAUCCACAGAGCUCUCGGGUUCAUCUCAAACUUUGACACUUUAUAACAGCAAUGACAUUUUGUGUGCUUGUCUAUCUACUUUUUGUCUGUGGAGUCCUUCCAAAAGCUCUAACAGCAGUGAUCCAAACACAGCAGACUGUGCUGGCAGCAGUGGGAGAAGAUGCUGAAUUCAGCUGUCAGCUCUUGGAGCCUAAAGACGUCCUUCAGGUCACAUGGCAGAAAAUCUCACAUGAUGUGGAGACAAAUGUCGCCACCUACAACAAGCACUUUGGUCAGAUAGUGAAUGAUGGCUUUACAGAGAAAUUUGGGUUUAAAUACACUGGACUACAGAACUGCUCCAUAGUCAUCAGGAAUGUGACGAAGCAGGAUGAAGGAUGCUAUCACUGUCUGUUUAUCACUUACCCUGAAGGCUCCUUCAUCGGUAGAACCUGCCUCCAAGUCUAUGAGCUGCAUGAACCUGCUGUUGAUGUCAGAGAGUCAAACUCUACUGAAGAGUGGGUUGUUUCCUGUUCAGCCACUGGUCGACCUGCUCCCACUGUAACACUCAGUGUCUCAAAACAAGACCUCAGCUUCUCACAGUACAACACUGUCAGUGUGUCCAACACCAACGCUACAUUCACUGUCACCACUACAGCUGUGCUCUCAGGUUCACGUAAACACAGCACACAGGUGGGAUGUGCAGCACGAGUGCUCUCUGCUCCUCACAGAGAGGUGAUGGUGACGAUUCCUGAGGUCCAACAGAUGUCAGAUUAUCAGUGA